AAACAUGUAAUGGUGAGUUUGAAACAUGAUUAAAGUUUAAGGAAAAACCAUAAAAAGUUAAGUGAGAAUCAGGGUUUACAAUCAUUUGUGGUUACUUGAUUUUUGUUAACACGGGCUGUUUCAGUUGUGGUGUGGAGAAUAUACCCUAUUUUUGCUUGCAAGAUCUUGAGAUUAAUAAACACACUAAAACCUGGAGUGAGGAUAAUUUGACUGAAUUAAUGUCAUUAGUUUUAGACAAGGCUAAAGCAGACUGUCAGUGUCUUUAAAGAGCUUUUCACAAUACCCCUAGACAGAGCUGUUGGCCUGGGGAUAACAAAGGUGUCCACAUGAGCCCAAUCCUGACAUUAGCCUAGGUCUUGCUGGUCCUGGUCUGGAGCAGGGUAGCCCCAAGUUUGCAGGGUAGUCUCUGGCAAAUGAACUGAACCGAACCCGGUGCUGAAAGUUUCAAGUGUAAAACAAGGCCAGGUAAACAACAGAAUUUCUUAAUGAGUUUGACCUGACAUGAAACCCAGGGCCAACGGAAGUAUGGUGUGAAUUGUAAAGUCCUGGGCUAAAGUUAAAAAGGUGCAUGUGGUGUGAAAAGUGUCCUUAUGUUCGUCCAGAGUCAAGAGAAUGCAUUGUGAAAGGCCCGUCGUAUCUUGUGCCACUUGAACUGCUCGGCUUGCCGUAGAGUUGUAAUGGUAUCCUAGCAACGCAAACAGAAGUGGAGACCGAAGGGAAGUGGUUUAAACGAGCAAUUAACCACUUUUGGACAUUUUAAACAUACUUAAUAAACAUAUCAGCAACAUUUAGUGUUAAUUAUAACCCCACUCUUUCUAAUGUAAAGCCAAUUACGCCAUAAAGUUAGACUUUAGUCGACAGGACUGACGGAAAGUAUCGCAACUUCAUCAGCUAAAGCUGCUUGUCUAGCACGCGGGGGAAGAUGGACCAAACUUCAUAUCAUCGCAUAUAUGUGGAAAAAACUCUGGCCCUUAUUAAACCAGAUGCCAUCCACAGAGCUGAGGAGGUCGAGGACAUUAUCCUGAAAUCGGGCUUCAUGAUCCUGCAGAAGCGGAAGCUGCAGCUCAGUCCAGAGCAAUGCAGUGACUUCUACGCAGACCAAUAUGGAAAGCUCUUCUUCCCCAGCCUGACUGCCUUCAUGAGCUCUGGCCCCAUCGUCGCUAUGACUCUGGCCCGCGACAACGCCAUCGCCCACUGGAAGUCCCUCAUGGGGCCUGCCAACAGCACCAAGGCCAGAGAAACUCAUCCGGGGUGCCUUAGAGCAAAAUAUGGCGUUUCCGACCUUAAAAACGCACUCCAUGGCAGCGAGUCAUUCCAUGCAGCUGAAAGGGAGAUCAAAUUCAUGUUCCCAAACUCUGUAAUCGAGCCCUUUCCCUCGAGAGAAGCCACCCAAGAAUACCUGAGCAGGUAUGUGAACCCAACUCUGCUACGUGGACUCACCGCGCUCUGCAAGCACAAGCCUCACAACCCCUGUAUUUGGCUGGCUGACUGGCUGAUCAAGAACGAUCCAAAUAAGCCUCAGAUAUGCGAUGUCGAAGAAGCAGAAUGAUAACAGGGAAAUAGGGGGACAAAUACAUAAUCUGACAAUGUUCAUGUUUAAACCAAUGCAUCUGUACAGUACUAUAAUGUAAUAAAAUGUCCUUUUUAGCACUUAU